AUGACGGUUCACGUAUUUGGAGCCAUAUCCUCCCCAACGAGCUGCAUCUUCGCCCUCAACAGGACAGCCGAUGACCACCGCAGCCAGUUUCCAGACGUAGCUGAUAGCGUUCGACGGAAUUUCUACGUCGACAAUUAUCUCGACUCUUUCGACUCCGAAGACGAGGUCAUCCAACGGUCCCGCCAAAUGAAGUCACUUCUUCAGCUAGGUGGAUUCAACUUGACCAAAUGGACGUCGUCGUCGAGGACGGUGAUCGCAGUGUUACGAGAAUUCGUCCUCGCGUCACCAGCACUGGAUCUGGACUUGGAUAAACUCCCCGUCGAAAGAACCCUUGGAGUAAUGUGGGACAGCAAGCGAGAUAUGCUGACGUUCAAGAUUCGGAAGCCGCCGAACAACGUGACCCUCACGAAGCGAGCCUUCCUAAGCAUCAUCUCUAGCGUCUAUGAUCCGUUGGGACUGGUUGCACCAGUUAUCUUCACAAUGAAGUCUUUACUCCAAGACAUCUGGACCAACGAAGAACGGAUCGGUUGGGACGACGUCGUACCGGAAAUAUUGAGUCAACGUUUCCAUUGCUGGUACGACCAUACUCAACAGCACCUCCACGUCUUCACGGAUGCAAGCUCCAAAGGGCACGGAGCAGUAGCCUACUUCCGCACUGUAUUCGAAGACCAGUCCGUCAACGUGUCAUUCGUCAUGUCGAAAACGCACGUCACGCCGGUGCAAGGUCUCACGAUUCCACGUUUAGAGCUACAAGUGGUAGUAGAAGGUCUCAACAUCACCCUCACGAUUUGCCGUGAGCUGGAAAUCGAUUUGCGGCAAGGGUAUCGACCCAAAGGAUGCGACGAAUUGAUCUAUUUCCACCGAGGACCUUCGUUCCUGAACUUGGACCCAGCAGAAUACACCUGGGAAGAAAUAACGGAGCCAGAAGAACGGGAUGUAAACGUGAUCCGCGUCUUAGCAGUCAAGACGGAAGAUGAGAACCAUGUCAUCGACCGAUGCGUCGUACGUUUUUCCAGUCUGUUGAGACUUCAACAAGUGUUGGCCUGGAGUAAAAGAUUUGCCAACAACACUAGAGCAAAACUACGUGAUGAAAAACCCAUGGUCGGAGAGCUAACGGAAUUGGUUUUUGCUGAAGAACUCUACGCCCUUCGCAAGAAUCUGGAACUACAACUCAGAUCAAAACUUCGCACCUUCCGGCCCUUCUUGGAUGAAGUCGGACUGAUGCGAAUUGGCGGACGUAUCCUUCAAGCGCCGAUCGACUAUGCAGCUAUGCACCCCAUACUUCUACCAGCAUCUCAACUUUUAACGAAAAGGAUAAUUUGGGACCACCACGUUAGACACAUGAACGUUAAGACUGAAAGAUUGUUGACAGACUUACGUGCACGCUUUUGGAUCCUUUUCGGACGCAAAGUGGUAAAAUCUUUCAUCAACAACUGCUGGCCUUGCAAACGCACGUCGGCAAAACCUAGUCCUCCGUUGAUGGCUUCACUACCAGUCCAUCGUUUGACACCUCAUCUGACUGCGUGCACGUACACAGGGAUCGACUACUUCGGGCCCUUGACCGUACGAGUUGGUGGAAGGGGAAGAAGACACGAAAAACGUUGGGUUAGCCUAUUCACGUGCCUGACGACGCGAGCAGUUCACCUAGAGGUAGCCAACGGACUUAGUAUGGAGAAAUUCUUACUCUGUUUCUCCCGUUUUGUGAGUCUACGCAGAAAACCUAAGGUCGUUUACAGCGACAAUGGAACGAAUUUUGUCGCCGCCGAGCAGGAGUUACGACAAGCCUUGGAAGAACUCACCAGUAAACACGAUGAGCUCCCAACAGUAAUGGCUUGUCAACAGAUUGAGUGGCACUUCUCUGCACCCCAUGGGCCCCACUUCGGUGGUGUUUGGGAAAGGAUUGUACAAUCCUGCAAACAGGCAAUGAAGACCAGCAUCGGUAAUUGCCUAGUCACGGACCAAGUGCUACGAACCGUGAUCGCUGAGGUAGCAGCUUUAUUAAAUGCUCGGCCGUUAACACAUCUUAGUGUGGACCCAGAAGACCCGGAUCCGUUAACGCCAAACCACUUUCUAUACGGUGGAGCUCGGCCAUACUUGCCCCUACAAUUGGCCGACGUGGAAGACAUGAACGACAAUCGCAACUCAAACUCUGGUGGAGAAGUCACUAAGCUCAGCGCCACCUAUAUUCAAGUUUAA